AUGGCCACAGAUGAUAAGGCUUCCCCGACACUGGACUCUGCCAAUGACCUGCCUCGGUCUCCGACUAGCCCCUCGCAUCUCACACACUUUAAACCUUUGACUCCCGAUCAGGACGAACCUCCUUUUAAAUCGGCGUAUAGUUCUUUCGUAAAUCUCUUUCGAUUUAACAAAGAGAGAGCCGAAGGGGGCCAGAGCGAGCAGCAGUCUCCGAGUGGGAGCUGGGCCAGCCCUCAGCUCCCUUCCAGGGCCCAGUCUGUGAGGUCACCUGCGCCGUAUAAAAAGCAGCUCAAUGAGGAACUGCAGCGGCGGUCUUCAGCAGUAUUAGAGAACAGUUUGCCACACCCCCAGGAGAACACAGAAACAAGAAGGAAAGCGGAACCUGCCUUUGGAGGCCAUGACCCUCGCACAGCCGUUCAGCUUCGAAGCCUCAGCACAGUGUUAAAGCGCCUCAAGGAGAUCAUGGAGGGGAAGAGCCAGGAUAGUGACCUGAAGCAGUACUGGAUGCCAGAUAGCCAGUGUAAGGAGUGCUAUGACUGUAGUGAGAAGUUUACAACCUUCAGGCGCAGGCACCAUUGCCGACUGUGUGGGCAGAUAUUCUGCAGUCGUUGCUGUAAUCAGGAAAUCCCGGGAAAAUUUAUGGGCUAUACAGGGGACCUCCGAGCUUGCACAUACUGUAGAAAAAUAGCCUUAAGUUACGCGCACUCCGCGGACAGCAAUUCCAUUGGGGAGGACUUGAGUGCUCUUUCAGAUUCUGCUGCCUCGUUGUCUGUACUUGAUCCUGGUGAGCCCCGAACACCUGUUGGGAGUAGAAAAGCCAGUCGCAACAUAUUUUUAGAGGAUGAUUUUGCCUGGCAAAGUUUGAUUCAUCCAGAUUCCUCAAAUACUUCUCUUACAACUAGACUUGUAUCUGUGCAAGAGGAUGCUGGGAAAUCUCCUGCUCGAAAUAGAUCAGCCAGCAUUACUAACUUGUCACUGGAUCGAUCUGGUUCUCCCAUGGUGCCUUCAUAUGAGACAUCUGUCAGUCCCCAGGCUAACCGAACAUAUGCGAGGACAGAGACCAAUGAGGACGAACGCAAAAUUCUUCUGGACAGCGUUCAGCUGAAGGACCUGUGGAAAAAGAUCUGCCAUCACAGCAGUGGGAUGGAGUUUCAGGAUCACCGCUACUGGCUGCGAACCCAUCCGAACUGCAUCGUAGGGAAGGAGCUAGUCAACUGGCUAAUCCGAAAUGGACACAUCACUACAAGGGCACAAGCUAUAGCCAUUGGUCAAGCCAUGGUGGACGGACGCUGGCUGGACUGUGUCAGUCACCACGACCAGAUCUUCAGGGACGAGUAUGCGCUGUACAGACCCCUGCAGAGCACAGAAUUUUCCGAGACCCCUUCUCCAGACAGUGACUCGGUGAACUCAGUGGAAGGACACUCUGAGCCAUCCUGGUUUAAGGACAUAAAGUUUGAUGACAGCGACACAGAACAGAUAGCUGAAGAAGGUGACGAUAAUUUAACUAAUUCUGCCAGUCCUAGCAAGCGCACCUCAGUCAGCAGUUUCCAGUCCACAGUGGACAGUGACUCAGCCGCUUCUAUCAGCCUGAACGUGGAGCUGGACAACGUGAACUUCCAUAUCAAGAAGCCCUCCAAGUACCCACAUGUGCCCCCUCACCCUGCUGACCAAAAAGAGUGUCUGAUUUCUGAUGGUGGAGGACAACAGCUCUCAAUAAGUGACGCCUUCAUCAAAGAGUCCUUAUUUAACCGCCGAGUGGAGGAGAAAUCCAAAGAGCUGCCUUUCACACCUUUGGGCUGGCACCACAACAACCUGGAGCUGCUUCGGGAGGAGAAUGGAGAGAAGCAAGCCAUGGAGAGGUUGCUUUCAGCUAAUCAUAACCACAUGAUGGCACUACUCCAACAGCUGCUCCAUAGUGAGUCAUUGUCACCAUCUUGGAGGGACAUCAUUGUAUCGCUGGUCUGCCAGGUCGUUCAGACAGUCCGACCUGAUGUGAAGAACCGCGAUGAUGACAUGGAUAUCCGUCAGUUUGUCCACAUCAAAAAAAUCUCAGGUGGAAAGAAGUUUGAUUCUGUGGUUGUCAAUGGAUUUGUUUGUACCAAGAAUAUUGCACAUAAAAAGAUGAAUUCUUGUAUUAAAAAUCCCAAAAUUCUUCUAUUGAAGUGUUCCAUUGAGUACCUCUACAGAGAAGAAACUAAGUUUACUUGCAUUGACCCUAUUGUGCUGCAGGAAAGAGAAUUCCUGAAGAAUUAUGUUCAGCGAAUAGUUGAUGUCCGACCCACUCUGGUUCUGGUUGAGAAAACGGUAUCUCGGAUUGCCCAGGACAUGUUACUGGAACAUGGCAUCACUUUGGUCAUUAAUGUCAAAUCACAAGUUUUAGAACGAAUCAGCCGGAUGACCCAAGGUGAUUUAGUGAUGUCGAUGGACCAGCUGCUUACAAAACCUCACCUGGGCACCUGUCACAAAUUUUAUAUGCAAAUAUUCCAGUUGCCUACUGAACAAACCAAAACACUGAUGUUUUUUGAAGGCUGUGCCCAGCACCUGGGCUGCACAAUCAAGCUCAGAGGAGGCUCUGAUUAUGAGCUGGCUCGAGUGAAGGAGAUCCUAAUAUUUAUGAUCUGUGUAGCUUAUCACUCUCAACUCGAAAUCUCCUUCCUCAUGGACGAGUUUGCUAUGCCUCCGACGUUGACACAGAACCCUUCCUUCCACUCUCUGAUCGAGGGGCAGGAGGACGAAGGGGCCGCACAGGAGUCCUUCAGCGGCAGCCCCCUCCCCCGGGAGCCCGACUUCGCCCCGGAGCCCCUGCCCUGUGACGGCAGCAGCCUGCUGGAGGCCGGGCUCGUGUUCGAGAAGGGCGAGCAGGAAGGUGACAGCGGCCCCCAGGACGCCGCCCCCGGGAAGCCCCAGGAGCCCCCCGAGGCAGCCUGCCCGCCGGGCGUCCCCUGCGCUCUCUUCCCGUCAGUGCCUGAGCCGCUGCUGCUGCUCCACGUGGACGAGCCGCAGGCCGCCCCCGGCGCCGGGCAGCCGGAGGCCCCGCAGCUCUCCGAUGAGCUGGAGGAUCCCAAAGGCCAGCGGAAGGCCUUCCGAGACCCGCUGCAGGACGACACCGGCCUCUACGUCACCGAGGAGGUCACCUCUUCGGAAGACAAGCUCAAGACCUACUCCUCGGCCUUUAAACAGGAGCUGCAGGACGUGAUCCUCUGCAUCUCCCCGGUCAUCACGUUCCGGGAGCCCUUCCUGCUCACGGAGAAGGGGAUGAGGUGCUCCACCCGAGACUAUUUUGCAGAGCAGGUCUACUGGUCCCCGCUCCUCAACAAGGAGCUCAAAGAGAUGGAGAGCCGGCGGAAGAAGCAGCUGCUCCGGGACCUCCCCGGCCUCCAGGGCAUGAACGGCAGCGUGCAGGCCAAGGCCACUCCGGUCCUGCCCUCGCAUGAGCUCGUGAGCACGAGGAUCGCCGAGCACCUGGGCGGCAGCCGGAGCCUGGGCAGGAUGCUGGCCGACUAUCGGGCCAGAGGAGGCAGGAUUCAGAAGAGUUCAGACCCUUUUGCUUAUGCAAAGGAUGUACCAGGUACUCCAAGCGUCAAAUCAGGAAGCAGAACUGAGAGUGAUGAAGAGAAAGGCUUGAUACCAAGUGACACAUUGUGGUCGUCAAAGGUGGACUGCCUGAACCCUGCCAACCACCAGAGGCUGUGCGUGCUCUUCAGCAGCUCCUCCGCCCAGUCCAGCAACGCCCCCAGUGCCUGCGUCAGUCCUUGGAUUGUAACAAUGGAGUUUUAUGGAAAGAAUGAUCUCACAUUGGGAAUAUUUUUAGAGAGAUACUGUUUCAGGCCUUCUUACCAGUGCCCUAGCAUGUUCUGUGACACCCCCAUGGUGCAUCACGUCCGGCGCUUUGUGCAUGGCCAGGGCUGUGUGCAGAUCAUCCUGAAGGAGCUGGAUUCUCCAGUGCCUGGAUAUCAGCAUACAAUUCUCACCUAUUCCUGGUGCAGGAUCUGCAAACAGGUAACACCAGUUGUUGCUCUUUCCAAUGAGUCCUGGUCCAUGUCAUUUGCAAAAUACCUUGAGCUUAGGUUUUAUGGGCACCAGUACACUCGUAGAGCCAAUGCUGAGCCGUGCGGCCACUCCAUCCACCAUGAUUAUCACCAGUAUUUCUCCUAUAACCAGAUGGUGGCAUCUUUCAGUUACUCCCCCAUCAGGCUUCUGGAAGUGUGCGUUCCACUCCCCAAAGUAUUCAUUAAACGCCAGGCCCCCUUAAAAGUGUCCCUUCUGCAGGACCUGAAGGACUUUUUUCAAAAAGUUUCACAGGUAUAUCUUGCCAUCGAUGAAAGACUUGCGUCUUUGAAAACUGACACAUUUAGCAAAACAAGAGAGGAAAAAAUGGAAGAUAUAUUUGCACAGAAAGAGAUGGAAGAAGGCGAGUUCAAGAACUGGAUUGAGAAGGUGCAGGCGAGGCUCAUGUCUCCCUCUGCGGAUGCCCCUCAGCAGCUGCAGUCGGUCUUCGAGUCCCUCAUCGCCAAAAAGCAGAGCCUCUGCGAGGUGCUCCAGGCCUGGAAUAGCAGGUUGCAAGAUCUUUUCCAGCAGGAAAAGGGUAGAAAGCGGCCUUCAGUUCCUCCAAGUCCUGGAAGACUGAGACAGGGGGAAGAAAGCAAGAUAAGUUCGGUGGAUGCGCCUCCACGGAAUGUUUCUCCAGGGCUUCCGAAUGGAGACAAAGAGGACCGCUUCCUGAGCAACCUGUCCAGCCAGAGCUCCACCAGCUCUGCCCACUUGCAGCUGCCUACUCCCCCCGAGGUGCUGCCUGAGCCCGCGGGGGCAGGGCCGCCAGAACCGGACUCGGCCAGCGUUUCCGAAGACAUGUUUGAUGGACAUUUGCUGGGAUCCACAGACAGCCAGGUGAAAGAAAAAUCAACCAUGAAAGCCAUCUUUGCAAAUUUGCUUCCAGGAAACAGCUAUAACCCCAUUCCGUUUCCUUUCGAUCCAGAUAAACACUACUUAAUGUAUGAACACGAACGGGUGCCCAUUGCGGUCUGUGAGAAAGAGCCCAGCUCCAUCAUUGCUUUUGCUCUCAGCUGUAAAGAAUACCGGAAUGCCUUAGAGGAGUUGUCCAAAGUGAGCCCGCGGAGCAGUGCUGAGGAAGGCUCUCCCACCGCCAGUACUUUAGACAGCAGACCAAAGAGUAGCAGCCCCAUUAGAUUACCCGAGAGCAGUGGAGGACCGACCAACCGCACAGCAGAAGCGGAACCACCGCCAACCAAAAAGGCUUCUGGAAUGUUGUCCUUCUUCCGAGGGACGACGGCAGGGAAAAGCCCCGAUCUCUCCUCCCAGAAGAGAGAGACCCUACGUGGGGCAGAUAGCGCUUACUACCAGGUCGGGCAGACGGGCAAGGAGGGGACAGAGAAUCAAGGCAUCGAGCCUCCAGAUGAAGUAGAUGGAGGAGACAUGCAAAAGAAACAACUCACAAAUCCUCACGUGGAGCUCCAAUUUUCCGAUGCCAAUGCCAAGUUUUAUUGUCGGCUCUACUAUGCGGGAGAAUUUCACAAGAUGCGGGAAGUGAUCCUGGGCAGCAGUGAGGAAGAUUUCAUCCGAUCCCUUUCGCACUCGUCGCCCUGGCAGGCCCGUGGGGGCAAGUCGGGGGCCGCCUUCUAUGCGACUGAGGAUGACAGGUUCAUUUUGAAGCAAAUGCCUCGUCUGGAAGUGCAGUCUUUCCUCGACUUCGCGCCGCACUACUUCAGUUACAUCACAAAUGCCGUUCAGCAAAAGAGGCCCACUGCAUUAGCCAAAAUUCUUGGAGUUUACAGAAUUGGUUAUAAGAAUUCUCAGAACAAUACCGAGAAGAAGUUAGAUCUCCUUGUCAUGGAAAACCUUUUCUAUGGGAGAAAGAUGGCACAGGUUUUUGAUUUAAAGGGUUCCCUUCGGAACAGAAAUGUGAAAACUGACACGGGGAAGGAGAGCUGUGAUGUAGUGCUGCUGGAUGAGAACCUUCUGAAGAUGGUCCGAGACAACCCUCUGUAUAUCCGCUCUCAUUCCAAAGCGGUGCUGAGGGCCUCCAUCCGCAGCGACUCCCACUUCCUCUCUAGCCACCUCAUUAUAGAUUACUCUCUGCUGGUUGGGCGAGAUGACACCAGCAAUGAGCUGGUGGUUGGAAUUAUAGAUUAUAUUCGAACAUUUACAUGGGACAAAAAGCUUGAGAUGGUUGUGAAAUCUACAGGAAUUUUAGGAGGACAAGGUAAAAUGCCAACCGUGGUCUCUCCAGAGCUGUACAGGACUAGAUUUUGUGAAGCAAUGGACAAGUACUUCCUGAUGGUACCGGACCACUGGACAGGGUUAGGUCUGAACUGCUGA